AUGAGUAGUAUGUCAACACGUAGUACUACUAGUGGUCGCGCUCAUUAUAAACUGACAAGAACAGUAACAGGCACCGAUGGAAAGACACAUACAGAAACGGUCGAGAUGUAUGAUGAUGAUGCGGUCAAGUUAAUGCGAGGUCUGCGUUCAAAUCGUGAUAAUGUUCCAGAUUUAGAUCGAUUUGGAUUUCGUCCAUUGACAGAUCCAAAAACUCUUCCUCAAUUGGAACAACGUAAUCAUCGUCUUAUACAAUCAUUAAAACCAAAAUCUACAUCGUCAUCAUUAUCAUCAUCAUCGGGAGCAGGAGCAACAGCAGCAGCAGCAGUAGUGCCCGCACCUCCGAAACGUUCGACUGUUACUCAAAGUAACAAUGAAUUUGUUCAAGAUGCAUUACAAGUUCAUAAUGAAUUAAGACGACGUCAUGGUGUUGAAUCUUUACGAUUAAAUAAUGAUCUAACAAAAUUAGCUCAGCAAUGGGCUAAUCACCUAGCAUCUACUGGAACACUUGUGCAUAGUAAAACUAAAUAUCGAAAUGUAAAUGUUGGUGAAAAUCUACGUUGUCAAUCAUGGUCAAUAACUGGUAAAGAAAUGACACAAUCAUGGUAUAAUGAAUGUAACAAAUAUGAUUAUCGUAAUCCUUCAUAUCAACCAGGUACUGGUCAUUUUACACAAGUUAUAUGGAAAGAUUCACAAGAAGUUGGUUUUGCACAAGCACAAGGUACAUCAAUGAUUUAUGCUGUAGCUAUGUACUAUCCACCAGGAAAUUAUGUGGGUGAUUUCGAUCGAAAUGUACUUCCUCCACGUUAA